AACAAAACCGGACAAAAAAAAAAAGGGAAGUCGGGGUCAAACCAUCUGUCAUUUCCCCUCUCUCCCUAUCAAACCUCACCACCAAAUGUCUUGAACAUGAAGGCAAAACAGAGCACCGCAAGAGCUUUGCAGAGAGAGAGAUCUCCUAACCAAAGCCACCAUUAGUGGAGAAUGAGUGGAGCCGCAGCUCUCCGUGCCUGCUUCACUUUACUCAUCAUCAUCACCAUCGAUUUCUUCGCCACUAGCGCGACCUCCUCGGACACCAUCUCUGCAAACGAAUCGCUCGCCGGCGACCAGACCCUCGUCUCUGCGAACGAGGUCUUCGAGCUCGGGUUCUUCACGCCAGACAGCACCAACUACUACGUGGGCAUCUGGUACAAGAACAUCCCGGACAGGACGUACGUCUGGGUGGCCAACAGGGAUACUCCCGUCACGAACUCAUCCUCAUCCGUGUUCAAGAUUGGGGACAAGGGCGACAACGUGGUCAUUCUCGAUCAGGAAGCUGCGACCGGGACCGUCCUCUGGUCAUCGAACCAAACCAAGGCCAAUUCGAGCCCGGUGAACCCAGUUGCUCAGCUCCUCGACAAUGGCAAUCUCGUGGUCAGAGAAGAGGGUGAUGAGAGCAGCAGCAGCGGCUUCUUGUGGCAGAGCUUUGAUUUUCCCACGGACACCCUCUUGCCGGACAUGAAGCUAGGGUGGGACUUGAGCCAGGGCCUUGACAGGUUCUUAAAUUCCUGGAAGAGCCCACAAGACCCGUCCCCAGGGGACUUCUCGUUCAAGCUCGAUUUCCACGGAUACCCGGAAGCUUUUCUCUGGGACCAAGGCAAGAAGCUGUACCGGAGCGGCCCGUGGAACGGGAUCCGGUUCAGUGGCGUCCCGGAGAUGAAGUCCACGAGCGACAUCGACUUCACCUUCGUCUCGGAUCAACAGCAAGUCUACUACUCCUACGAGGUGAACAACCCGAACAUGAUCUCGAGGCUGACGGUGAACUCAACAGGGACUCUCCAGAGGUUCACAUGGGUCGAAGACAGCAAGUCCUGGAGCAUGUUCUGGGACGCCCCGAAAGACCAGUGCGACGACUUCGGUGAGUGCGGCCCUUACGGGAUCUGCGACACCAACGGCUCGCCGGUCUGCAACUGCACGUCGGGGUUCAGUCCCAAGAACCCGCAGGCAUGGUACUUGAGGGAAGGGUCAGACGGGUGCGUGAGGGAGAGAGAACUGGACUGCUCGAGCGACGGGUUCUUGCCAUUGAAGGGGCUGAAGCUCCCCGAGAGCAGCAACGCGUUCGUGGACAUGGAGAUGAGCCUGGAGGAUUGUCAAAAGGGGUGCGCCAGCAAUUGCUCCUGCACCGGCUAUUCGAGCGCGAACAUCAGCAACGGCGAGGCCGGCUGCGUGAUGUGGUUUGGCGAUCUGCUGGACAUGAGGCAUUAUCUGGAUGGUGGGCAAGAUUUCUACGUCAAGCUGUCUGCUUCCGACAUUGUGGCUUACGGUGGACUGGUCGCUCAAAAUAGUUCGACCAACGGACUCGGGACAUUAGCAAUAGUAGGCAUUGCUGGCGGCGGCGGCGGCGUUCUGUUAUUAGCCCUCGCUGCCUUUCUCAUGUGGAAGAGGAAGACUAUGCCGAUUCGACGCGGAAGAAACACUGAACCAAAAGGAGCUCGUGAGAGAAGCCAAGAUUUUUUGUUAAAUGAAGUAGUCGUCUCCAGCAAGAGAGAGUAUUCGGGAGAGAACAAGCCGGAGGAUAUAGAGUUACCAUUGUUCGAUUUCAACGCGAUUGCUUCGGCAACCAAGAACUUCUGUGAUGAAAACAAGCUCGGGCAAGGCGGUUUUGGCUGUGUUUACAAGUGUAGGAUUGAAGAAGGCCCAGUAGUAGCGGUUAAAAGGCUCUCGAAGAAUUCCGGGCAAGGAAUUGAAGAAUUCAAGAAUGAGGUUCGAUUGAUUGCUCGGCUUCAACACCGAAAUCUAGUGCGACUUGUCGGCUGCUGCGUCGAGAUGGACGAGAAGAUCCUAAUUUACGAGUACAUGGAGCAUAAAAGUCUGGAUUCUGUUCUAUUCAGUAAAACGAAGAGCUCCAUGCUAAAUUGGGAGAGGCGGUUUAACGUCAUCUGCGGGAUCGCUCGAGGUCUUCUUUAUCUUCACCAGGACUCCAGGUUCAGAAUCAUACAUAGGGAUCUCAAAGCGAGCAACAUCUUGCUCGAUGGGGAGUUGAACCCCAAAAUCUCGGACUUUGGCAUGGCCCGGAUUUUUGGCAGAGAUCAGGUCGACGCGAAUACGAGGAGAGUCGUUGGCACGUACGGGUACAUGGCCCCCGAAUAUGCCAUGGAUGGACUAUUUUCAGAGAAGUCCGACGUGUUCAGCUUCGGCGUGUUGGUCUUGGAGAUUGUAAGCGGUAAAAAGAACCGGGGAUUCUAUUAUGCGAACAACGAACUGAACCUUCUUGGACAUGCAUGGAAGUUGUGGAAAGAAGGGAAGGGUUUGGAGCUAGUGGAUUCAGCGGUGGGAGAUGCAUACUCGAUGAAUGAAGUAUUGAGAUGCAUUCAGGUCGGCCUUUUGUGUGUCCAAGAGCACGCGGACGACAGGCCGGCCAUGUCGUCUGUGGUUUUGACGCUGAGCAGCGAGAACCCGACGAUGCCGCACCCCAAAAGUCCCGGCUUUUGCUUAGGAAGGGCCAUAGAGACGGAUUCAUCGUCAAGCAAGCAUGACGAGACAUGCACUGUGAACCAAGUUACGGUCACAAUCCUUGAUGCCAGAUAGAGAUUGUUGUCAUGCCCUGAUCCAAUACAUUUGUACAUCUGAAACUCCAAAGGUUUCUGUCCAUAUAUGUGUAUUCUUAGGCCUUCCUUCUACUCAAAUUCUUUUGCAUUUGUUAUUGUGGAGAGAGGAGGGGGGUUUACCAAUUUUGGUGCAGACAUGAAGUUCAUUGGUCUGUAUCUGUCUGAAGUAAAAGUCCUUGACAUUGACACACCACAGCUCAAACAGUUCAGUUGACUCCAGCAAUGUGAUGAAGUUCACAGAAAA